CUUUUCUUUUUUUUCUCUUUCUUUUUAGACAGCCGUAAGCAAUAGUAUCCGUUCGUAGCCACACACAGUGCCCGGCGGCAGUAUACAUAGGAGUGGGCGCGUUGCUAGGGCGCAAAUCAUGUCUUGGCUAUAUUAUUUCUCCGUUGUGUUACUUAUAUAUACCUCUGUACGCACGAUUCACUUGUCACGCAUAUCUGAGCUCAACAAAUUCGCUAUGUAACGAUUCUCUAAAACGAUUCGCAGUUAGGUGCAGCAACCAUCAUGGUGAUGUACCUGAUAAUGGCGCCCACCAUCACGUAUCAGUGGUACGCGCGCGUGGCGUUCCUGCUCGCCUUCACCUACAGCCUCAACAAUGUACUCAUCAUCAUCUCUGGUGUGGCAUCGCCCUUCACACAGCUAUAUCUUCCGGAAACGCUUUUCUACUCGCUGUACCACUGCAUGGCCGGCCUUCUGUACGUGGUCGGAGGCGCCAUACUCCAUAAUGUGCACAAGCACGACGGCCUAGCUCUCAGGUUCCCUGCCGGGGUUGUUCUGACUGGCGUUGGAGUGAUUCAUUGCUUCCACAGUCUUGUCAACUUCAUCAAAUGA